AUGCCAUCGUCCGAGCCUAGUACCGUGCCAACGUGGUCCGAAAUCCGAACACAGAACUUGCGAAGUACGUUCCUCAGCGGGGCAGCGACGGGUGGCAUAUGGAACUCCUGGAAGCGUGGUCCUCCAGGAAUGAUUCCGGGCAUGGUUACCGGAGCUCUCAUCUGCACUCUAGUGCAGCUGAGCUACAACGAGCUUCAAGUGCGCCGGCUGAUGUUCCUCUCGAGCCGACUACAGGAAUUACCUCCGGCUAUUUCCCACACACCUAGCCCGGCUUUUGACGCUGGGCAGGCGGCCCUGCCCUCCGCCUCGUCAUCGUUCUCAAGUCCCUCUCCUGGGAAGCGGUCGUUCUGGGAAUCUACACUUGACACGCUUGGCAAGACAGGCAUGUUCCAUCGGAUAUCCAAUGAGGAAUACCUUGCUCGGCUGAAGAUUGAAAGAGACACCGCGCUACAACGAAUAGAAGAGCUUGAAGCUCAGCUUGCCAAAGACCAUUCGCAGAGCAAGCCGAGAUGA